AUGGCUUCUUGGUUUGCGACUUCUGCAGAGGAGAUUCGACGUCAGCUGGAGCAGUUGGCAGGGGAAUCUGGAGGCAAAUUCACCUCGGAAGAUGUUGGCCUCGGAGCCCUUUUCGAGCAUGGCCAGGCAGUGCUUCGUGCCAGUGCAGACCGUGCAGCUGAGCAGGUGCAGCAGUCCGUGCAGCGUCUAGCCACGGAGGCAGACGAAGGGCUGCAGACCGUGGGCGCAACCUUUGCGGCAUCUGUGAGUGCCUGGUCUGGGCCGCGAGCCGCAGAAGACCUGCACUCCAGUGACCUGAUCAAUCUCUACAGAAGCGAGGUGGAGACCUUCAGCAGCAGCUAUGUGCAGGGAGAUGCCAGCGAUGAGACGUCAAAGGCCUCUGCGAUCGCGGCACAGACGCUCUCUCUGUGGAACCAGCGGUUGCAGGGUGACACAGACUCUGAGGGCCAAUGCCUGGCUGCUCCCGGCCUUCGGGGCUUGCUCGCGACUGAAGGUCUCCAGACAGUGCUGCGAGCAUUGACCCGAGGCGGCGGCCGGCGGCGGCGGCCUCUACUUGGCCGUGCUGCUGCCGUGGCUGCCGAGUGCGCGGCCGGCGCUGCGCCGGGGUCUCCGUCAGGGAGACUGUCGCGAAAGGCCAGCGAUGAGGGCAAGGCCCUAGAUGCCAAGCUCUCCGAGGCGCAGACAGAGGCUGCUGUUGGGGAGCAGCUUGCGCGGCUGGUCCUGAGGGUGGCCGAGGCACCAGAGGCGCUUGUCGCACAGCUGCUGGCACUGCUGGCGGAGGCUGCAGAGGCCGCCGACCGCUGUGAGGGUGGCGAGUUGGCAGAGGAGAAGAACCCUGCCGAGGAGGAUGUAUGCUGGGUUGUGAACUUGCUGCUUGCCACGCUCACAGAGCGAAAGGAGGCCGAUGCCCUUGCUUCGCAGCGCCUGAAAGCGGCGCUGAAAGAAGCUUUGGAAGGCUUUUCCAAGGCUGAGAGCGAGGGCAAGCGCCUGCAGCACCCUACUGCGGCAUGCAAAGCUGCGCCGUUUGCUGGCGGCGGACGGCCAGACAUAGGUGGCAAUGUCUGGGCAUGUUAUCCCUUGGACGGGCAUUGGUACCGCGCACAAGUUCGAGGGUUCGCGCCACGAGAUCGUGUGCGUGUCGCUUGGUGCAGCCGUCCAGAGCAUGAUGGUAGUCAGGAAUAUGUGCACAUGCGCGAGUCUGAUGGUGACCUCUUCUCUGAGCUCAGCAGCUACUCAGUGAUGCGAGUGGAUGCAAGCAUCCGGCGGCCUCCUCCCUCCCCGUUGGACCAGGUCCUGUCCGAGGCACUGUGGUGCCAGUCACUUCAGAUUGUGGAAGACAACAGCCAGCUCUUUCGACGUCUCAGACACGUAGGCAAGCAGCUGGAUGUCCACCUGGAGUGGAGCACCGCAGCGUCUGGUGGUGCAACGACGGCGGCCGAGGGUGAGACGGUCUGGCGGUAUGUCCCGGAGGAUGGCAAUCACAUCGACAUCCGAGCUGUGCCUUCAAUUUCAGGGAACAGGACGCACGAGCGCCUGGUGGCUGGCGAGGUAUUCAGGGUAUCGGAGACAUUUGAGGGCUCGGAUGGGACCUUGUACCUCAAGCUUGCUGAUGGCAGGGGAUGGGUCUUUGACAGCAAGGCCGGCAUCGGGACCCUGUGUGUUCGGUGCCAGAGUGAUAGCGAGGACGACUCUCAGUCCGACGAGCCAGGCCCAUCUGAGCAACCGCUGAGCGGCACCGCGGAGACCCUGUCUGCCUGGCGCGUGGAGAUCGAGGAAAGGGCCGAGUACCUGGGAUCCUUUGCCUCGGAAUGCGAGGAGGAAGUGCAGACCUUUGAAGGGCAGAUCGCGUCGAGCACAGAGGCCAUGAGAGCCGAGCUGGAG